CGGAGCUCUUGGCCUACUAGUCCAAACAAGAUGAAGUCUAUCGUCGAUUGUUGUGAAUGUGAUUGCCUUGGUCUUCUUUUGGAUUUUUUCCUAGUCAAUGUGGAAUCCGGAUCACGAUCUGUGGAAAAUCGUGGAAGUAUGCGCAAAAUGAUGAAAAUCGUCUUCAAAGUGGAACAACUCAUGGUAAGUAGAAGUUAUAGUGGUCAUCGUGAUGAUUUGCUGUUCUUUGUUGAUGAUUUGCUCUUGUUUAGGUUCAGGUUUAGCCGGUCAGCCCUUGUCAUGAGAAUGUCAUAGUGCUUUUUCCCCAAACUUGUUCUUUUCCCCUGCUCCCUUUUUGUACGACGAUUAUGUCCUUCGCCUACUGUGAUUGCUUCUUGUUGAUAGAAGUUCGUUGUCCUUGUGUUUGAGAUUUUGGGUGAAGUGGUGAUAGAUAGGGCUACGAGAAACUUUGUUCUGUAAGAGCAUUUCUUUGUACUCUGUGUAUUUGGUCGGUACGAAAAAAUAUGUCGUGGCAAAACUACAAUAAUGCUGGCUGGGACAGCAAUGCUGGUUGGGACAGCAAUACUGGCUGGGACAGCAAUACUGGAAGUUGGGACAGCAAUGCUGCUUGGCACAGCAAUGCUGGUUGGGACAGCAAUACUUGGGACUACCAUGCUCCACCAUCCUACCAAGACGGUGGUUCUGCGCCAUCUGGUAAGGGGAAAGGGAAGACGAGAAAGCCGAGGAUCGAGUACCCCGCUACGGCGUUGUUCCAGUACCCAACUGCGAAGCAGACCUUCUUCGAAAACUUAGCGACAACACUCUUCGGCGAAGGCGUAUCGAUCGAAGCUGCUAUGCGCAAAGCUCAAGGGGGAUUACAAGAAAAUGAAGGUUGGAUCGAUAGAAAUGUUGGAGGCUCUUUAGAGGACAACGACGCGAGUUCAAAACAGAAAGAGGAUGGACCGCGGAUACUGUCAGCGAAAGGUACUAUUUGUUGGAGGACAACCAGCACUACCGUUACUUUCGGAACUUUAAAUAAAUAGCUUGGCGUAGUGCAACAGUACUGCAGUUGUAACAGAGAAUAUCAAUAUCACACAAGUAAUAAGUUUUGCUCACUCAUAUAUUUUUUUCAAAUUCGCAUCCCGAUAACAUCUUCAGGUAAACAAAAAAUGCGGGACGCUAUUUCUUCAGCGACGUCGAUUGACGAGCUGAGUGAGCUCGAUGACGCUCUCAACAGUGGUGACAUAGACCAAGAGCUCAUUGACCGCUUAGGUUUAAACGACAGUGACUUCCUGGAAGACACAGACGACGAGGAUGAAGAUGAUGGUGGUCCACGUGCGAAGACUCCAAGAACAACCAGUGCAAAAGGUAACAAGAAGGGUGGUGACGAAUAUGCUGGAACAAGGACUACUGAAGCUUCCACUGCGAACCGAAAAUCUGAUAGUACAGUGCAACUAGGCGCUCUAGGAAUGGCUCGCGUGCGUGACGCUAUUGACAGUGUCGAGAGCCUAGAAGAAUUGGAUGAAUUAGACAAGGCUUUGCGCAGUGGCCACAUUUCCCGGGUUCUAGCCGACAAGUACGCUUUAGUCGAGCCUUCACCUUCCAUGACUAUGACAACCACUAGUAGUACUGCUUCGGACGUGAUGCGUAAACUAAAAAAUGUAGACUUCGAAAAAUUUGAACCACCGCCAAACGACAACAACUUCGAACGAAAUCCGUCAACUACUAGUAGCAUAGGCCAGCUUCCAGGGAUCGAUAACAUCAUGGAAGUGAUUACUCGCGGAGACUUGAACACACCUAAGCUUGAGCAGGGUCCAGGAAGUGGUGUAGGAGGUGGUGGUGGGAAGUUCAUUAAAUCAGGACCAAGAGCAGGCAACCAGCAGGUUGGAGGCGAUGACGAAUCAGAAGAUGACGAUGCCCUAGAAGACGCAGAUGAAGUAGAUGAGUGGGAAAACAAUGACGCUGAAGAUGACGAGUAUGACCCCUUUGCUGAGGAUCCAUAUGAGGAAGAAUUUGAGGAUGUGGAUGAAUACACAGUGGCCGCGAUGAACGCAGGUGUAGCUGCAGUUAUUUCACCAGCAAAGAAGAAAUCUUCAUCGAAGAAAAGAGGAGGUGUUGAGACAAAAUCUUCUAGUCCCAAGAAACGUGUGGGUGGGGAUGCUAGCAACGACGUCUUGAAGCCACCGCCUUCAGCGUUCAAAAAGCCACCUCCACCUCCGCUGAAAAGCACCAGUGAGGACAUCGAUCUGGCUGAUUUGGAUGCGGAAGCAGAGGAGGCGAGCAAACAGAAGAAGACUGCUGGGCCGGUAACAAUUCCAUCUUCUUCGCCAGUCGAAAAGGUGGACUCCCCGAAGGCUAUGGCCAAGCGACCACGCGAUUUAGGUCUUGGACUUCAAAAUCUUGCUUCUUCUAGUACAGACGAUGCGAAACGACAGAAAAUAGGAGCUGGUGAGCAGGUGAAUGCAUCAACCAAAAGUGGUACCAGUAGGGAUAGUGGUACGAAAAAUGAUAAAAAGCAAUUAGAUCAAGAUCAAGCAGGAGGAGUGGGUGAUGCUGAUAGAAGUACAACUCCAGCGACGCAUGUCGGUACAGCGGCAACUACGAAGAACAAGCCAAUGCGGAAGAAUCCUUGGUGGCAGGCAUGGACGUCGUUGAUGCGGAGAACGCGACGUCACGAGGACUUUCCUAGAUGGGUUUCACCACCCUUCGGCUUCCAACUCCCAAAGGGAUGGAAACGAGCGGAAGAACCUGUUGUCAGUUCAGCAGCAAAAGAACGGUGUAGAAUUCUUGCGAUUCACACUAGUACGAUUUAUGUUGGCAGUUUGGAACAUGGUUUUGACCCAAAACAUUUGGCCAGGGUGACUGUGGUAGAAUGUGCUGGCCAGGGUGCAGAAGGUGAAACUACUGGAGGUGCAGAUGGAGCGUCUGAUUCUCGGCGUGUGUUGUUGGAUGUGCUUGUGCGUCCUGAGUUACCGGUGUUAGACCUGCGAACGCAUGUCACGGGACUGACCUCAGAAGAGGAGCUGCAAGAACGUGGUGUCUCGCAUCGUCAGGCGAGGAAAAUGGUCUCGGAUCUGCUUGCAGAGGAACAAACAAUCCUGGUCGGCCACGGUCUACAUCACGCUAGUUUGUCUCUGCGUCUCUGCUUCAGCAUUUACAUGGUAGAUAUCGCUCUUCUGUUCGCAGUUUAUGACAAGCCUCACCAGUUCCACAGCGUGCGCGCCUUGGCGGAGAUGAUGUUGGAUAAGCAGAAAGAGCAGCCAUCCGACUCGUGGGAGGAGUACCAUUUAGAUCCUGUGGCGAGAUGCCGAUACAUGCUUCAAGUCGCGCAAAGAGAAGCUUUUCGCUUCUACAGAGAACACUACAUCAAUACCGGCACUGCUGCUCAUGAUUUAGCAAGUAGUGGGCAGCUGCCGACGACCUCUGCGAGUGGUGGUGCAGAUCAUCCUAGCGGCAGCGCGACAAAGAGCAAGAUGUUGAAAGGGAAACAAAACACGACCCCAGCUUCUUGGAUCAUUCCGAAAUCAACUGCUAGCACCACAGUCCACGAUCUUGGUCAAGAGCACGACUUAACACCUCUUACUUUCCCGUCUAGAGCGUUUCCAAGACUGCUUAAGGUGCAGCAUAUUUCUCGCGAGUUCCGUCGUGGCACCUUGAAGAAGAACGCAGCGAAGCAAGCUGUGCUGAACCUGUUUCCGAAGCAGAAAGUUCAAAUUGGACCACUCGUUUGGAAAUUGAACGAGCAAGAUCCUAGCGACUGGCGAGCUGAGUGUUUUUUGCAGUUCGAAUCAAAAGGGGAGAGGGAUACGGCGUACUACUUAUACUUCUAGCUGCUUUUAUUAUUCGAUCAUGGCAUCCUUUAGUUGUUUUUAUAAUGGACUCGCUUUUACUAUUUCUUUACUGUUAUCUCGUAGGGUGCAGACGCUGUGUAGCCUCGUCCACAUGCACUGUAUCCGUUACCUAACCUACUAUUUCUUUAAAUUGUCUGGUCUCCUGAGCUGGAUCGACCUGUAUUCCCUCUUUAUAGAUCUUAUUCUUAUUUAUGAGACCUAGUGUCAUUGUUUUCAGUUUCAAUACGAACCUACAGAUUCGAUCUGCUUUCCGCGACAACGGACGUUUAUGUCGAUUGGCGCCAAGGUGGAAAAAAGGGAGGUAAGAAAGGCAAAGGGAAAGGCAAAGGGAAAGGCAAAGAGUCUAAGCGGUCACCUGAACAAGAACAGCUGUCCGAGAUGAUCUCCGAGCGGGCCGUCAUCAACAGUUUCUCCAUCUUCGGUCUCGUAGUCGGCGCUCGCGUUCCGAGGCACAACUACACGAAUAAGCCCUUGGAUUUUGGUUUCGUCUCCUUCGUCCACAAAUCCGAUGCGGAAGCAGCAGUGAAGGAAGAUACGAUUGGUCUGCGGAUUACGCCGAAAUUCGUGGUGCCAGCUAGAGCGAAGACGUCAAAACGCGCCGAACACGACAAGCGAGUCCCUGUAGGCCUCGAUCUCGAAGCAGCGAGCGACUGGCGGAAUCAAACGGCACUGUUGGACGAUACAAGUGGGGAAUUAGACUGGCUACACGUCACGAGGAAAUAAGCAUUCUAGACCUGACAAGUAGUUGUAGUACCAAUACUUCACGCUUUGAGAUUCUAGGAGAUCAUUCUGCUCGUACAUACCACAACUAUCACGCGACAUACUACAACUUCUCGGAACGACAGCGACAUAUCACAUGAUUCAUGACCACAAUCCAUGGACGACAUAUUGACAUUAAUUUUUGCCUUCUGCGACACCUCAUUGAAUUAAAUUUUUUUGUAAGCAUCAUCAAUCUUCACUUUGCUCCCACAUGACCGGACCUCCCAAUCGACGACGCGUAUCAACCCGAAUACCACAAGCAUCCAAGAUGAACCCGUACUCAUUUACUACACUCUCUUCUAGUACAGCAAAAGCGACGCCGUG